AUGUCGGCUGCUGCAUCCAGUGGAGGUGUGGGGAUCAGUGGGAAUGGUCGUAGUGGCUCCUCCUCGUCGGUAGCCGCUGCAGUUCUCUCUAAGUUGUGGAUGAGCUUAGACACUGUGUAUUUCUCGAGCAUUCCCCCCACGCACGACCUACUACGUAUGUUAGAGCGGCUCAAAGAGAAGCCAAUCUCGAUUGAGAAGAAAGAUUCCCCAGAGAGCAAUACGGACCUUCCUGCUGAUGCGUUUGCGGUCUUAUCAGACGGUGAGCUUUUUGAAAUGAAAUUCGAGGUCGGCAGUAAUUCGGCUGAUAAGACUCCUUUGAAUGGAACGAAACUUGAGGAUACUACUCGACGGACCAUCGUGAUAAACUUUGCCGCAUCCAGUCCGCAUGAUGAUGGCGAACGAUGGGACUCUACUAUACCGAAGCUCCUUUAUGAUAGUCGGCCAGGACGGGAAUGGAUCAUGCUUCCGUCCAGCCUGCCCUCGUCGUGUUCAACAAAAGAAGGUCCACUGAGCGUGAACUGCCUUGAUGUGAUUAAAGUGGAGGCGAUGAAAGACCGCAAAGUCGACCGGAAGAAGAUCACUGGGGACGGAGGAGAGGUUGCCGCACUCAAGGCUCUGCUUGCCGACAUUGAGACGCGGAAACUGAAGCUCCUUAGCCCAGUACUGGAUAAAAUUCAGCUGGACCAAAAGGUGUAUGAGGCAUUCCUGGCGACACUUGGCCGAGCUCUUAGGGAUGGCGAGGAAGUCCCUGCUCAUCCUGAUGGGCCGGAUGCUGAGGUUGACCUGUGCUGUUCGAUAUGUGGUGAUGGAGAUGUUGAUGAUGAUAACGCCAUUCUUAUAUGUGACGGCUGCCACUUCGCCUGUCAUCAGAAGUGUUAUGGCGUCCCUUCGAUUCCAGAGCAAGAAUGUUGUGCUGCACGAUAUGGACUUGUUACUGAGGGUACUGGCGGUAACGCUGCCUGGGUAAUUUACUGCCCUCGCCACUCAAGGCAGCAACAGAAGCAGGGCAAUGCCCUCCUUGCGAGACUGAAAGCUUGGCGGAAGUCGGAACACUUCACACGACUGUCACAUGAUAAAUUCUUUGCCCCCUUCGACCCUCGCCUUGUUACAGCUGCUGGGUUCGGACAGGACACGGGCGACCCUUCAUCGAUAUUCCAAUGGCAAUUCGAUUCUGAGGAAGCUUCUAUACGUGUUUUAUAUCCCGAUAAGAUCGCUGUUGAAACUGCAGAACAGUUGAGGUCACAAACUCACGCGGCUAGCAUAUGCGGCCGCUGCAAUGAAUGUUUGAUGAGAGCCGACGGAGCGGAGCUGAGUUCGUCGAGUUAUGGUAAGGGAAUGGAUAAGCUAGUAGCCUGCCAGAACUGUGGUUUGACCGUUCACUGGCGAUGUUUCCUCCGACCUGGUCUGCCACCGUUGAACGUUUUGGACUAUGACGAUCCCAAGUUCACAUCUGCUAUGUAUCAUUGCCCGUAUCCUGUGACAUCCCGAAAUGAGGAGGAGGGCACUUUCCUGUGCGAACGUUGCAAGUACAUUAAUGAAUUUGGAAAGGCGCGGUAUGGCAUCAAAAGUGACACUGCUGAGGAAGCCUUGGGAGAAGACUCCACUGCUGAGCACUCUGCGAUAGAUGCAGGCAGCAGUGAAGGGUCCGUGAAAUUCUCAGACACUUACUGUAUUUUGUGUCAACAGCUAGGAGGUCUUCUUGUGCGUGUAGAGAACCCCGAGGAACGGCAAUGGGAUCCUCAUGGGUUUUGGGUUCUCGCGGGGUCAGCGUGUCGACCGAGAAGUGGCGGCUCCACCGCUUCUGGGGGACAGAAUCCGGCUAUUGACAAGCAAGUCUUGGAAGCUCUCCGGAACGAACGUGCACCAUUGAAGCGUUAUGCUUACUGUUCCAGUCAUCGGCCGCCAAGGUUGACAGGGCGGAAGAUCUCCAAUGCGGUGACUGAGGAGCCCAGAAUGCUGUCACUGCCACACUAUGAGAGCCCAUUGCACAUGCAGUACGCCAACGUCGUUCGUGCCCGUGUUAAUACCACGAAUUUGUUUGUGCCCAUAAAUCCAGAAGCAGGAAUUACCGCUGAUCAGCGUAAGAAGCGAAAGCUCUCCUCCAACGCAGCGUUGCGAACUCCCAAAAAAUCGGCAAAACGCAAGGCGAAGCGACGCAAAUUGAAAAAAGAUUCUCAGGAAUUAUCUACACCAGUUCUUGCUGGUAGCAUCAUCACACGAGAUGGUAUCACUGAGCUUGUUGAUGCUGAUGACUGGGAGGGGUCUUGUCCGAAAUGUGGCGUGCCGUGGGACCCGAACGAUUCUGGGCAACUGAUAGGCUGCGACCAGUGUGACGAGUGGUACCAUAUGGCAUGUGUUGGUUUGAUAUCAGCACCGGAGGGGAAAUGGUGA